GAGGGGGGAGGGCCGGAAAGAGCGCAGCUGCUGGAAUUUCGUGGACCGCGACGCCCGGGAGGAGCCUUGAGCCACGCGACGGGAUUGCGGCGUGGAGAACGGCUUUCCAGGCUCUUCCCUUCCGGGGAGCCUAACGGGCGUGGGGAGCAGCGCGAGGAGGCUGCGGCGGGUUGCUCGUAAUGGAAGGGAAAUUGGGGGAAAACCCCCACCAGGCUCCAACAGAAGACUGGACAGAGGACCUGAACGACAGAAAAAACAAACAAGUACGCACGAGAAAAACGUUCACCUCAGUAGUGGACACAGUCAAGAGAAAGGAGCACUGCAAAGUCGUGACUGUGUCUUGAUUUACAAAUCGGAGACAGAGGGAGAUGAAAAUCACAGUUCAGACAGUAGCCUAAUCGGACUCACCAGCAAGAUGUUAAAAGUGAAGAGGCUGGAAGAAAUCAACACGUGCUAUAACAGCAACCAGCUGGAGAAAAUGACCCUUUUUCAGUGCAUGGAAAAGGUUGAAAAAGUGAAAUGUUUUUUGGAAGAAAAUUCUAGUGAACAGAAUUCAAGAAUUGGAAAGAACGAGGCAAAGGAGAAGGUGUGGUCAAACCCUGGCCUAAAGGAGAGAACACCUGUCAAAGGCGGAAGGACGUCAGCCCUCACAGAGGAUGUCCCGGCUCCUCCUGCCCCAUUUGAUCAUCGUAUUGUGACAGCCAAACAAGCAGCGGUCAACAGUUUUUAUACUGUGAGCAAAACAGAAAUUUUAGGAGGGGGGCGUUUUGGCCAGGUGCACAAGUGUGAAGAGAAAGGAACAGGCCUGAAGUUGGCAGCCAAGAUUAUUAAGACCAGAGGCACGAAGGACAAGGAGGAUGUGAAGAAUGAGAUUAGCGUCAUGAACCAGCUGGACCACGUGAACCUCAUCCAGCUCUAUGAUGCCUUUGAGUCGAAGAAUGACAUCAUCCUGGUCAUGGAGUAUGUGGAUGGUGGGGAGCUGUUCGACCGCAUCAUUGACGAAAACUGCAGUUUGACCGAGUUUGACACCAUCCUGUUCAUCAAGCAGAUAUGUGAGGGGAUAAGGCACAUGCAUCAGAUGUACAUUCUGCAUUUGGACCUCAAGCCUGAGAAUAUCCUGUGUGUGAAUCGGGACACUAAACAAAUAAAAAUUAUUGAUUUCGGAUUGGCCAGAAGAUACAAACCCAGAGAGAAGCUGAAGGUGAACUUUGGAACCCCAGAAUUUCUUGCCCCUGAAGUUGUGAACUAUGAUUUUGUUUCCUUUCCUACUGACAUGUGGAGUGUGGGGGUCAUCGCCUAUAUGCUACUUAGCGGUUUGUCCCCUUUCCUGGGUGAUAAUGACGCGGAGACGCUGAACAACAUCCUAGCCUGCAGGUGGGACUUAGAGGAAGAAGAAUUUCAGGACAUCUCGGAGGAGGCCAGGGAGUUCAUUUCGAAGCUUCUGAUUAAGGAGAAGAGUUGGCGGAUAAGUGCGAGUGAAGCUCUCAAACACCCCUGGCUGUCAGACCACAGGCUCCACGCCAGGCUCGGGGCACAGAAGAAGAAUUGCGGCUCUAAUGCUCGGGACCUGGGGACCAAAUAGUCUACAGAAGACACCCAUUUGAAAGGAAAACUGCUGCGGUUGCUGCUGCUUUGAGAAGAUUUUUGAGAAAAUCAGCAGUUCUGAUGCCCUGACCCCUAGGAUGACUGUGGCAGGGGUAGCCCUCAGACUUGAACUUAGAGCGCUUCUGCCAUGCUCAGGGGACCCAAGUGUCGGGGUCCCCGAGGGCACAGACACAUCCCCACACCCCAUGGCAACACACGUGGGGAAGAUGUUUUUCUGCCACCUUGAGUUUCUUAUUUUUAUUUUUUGAUCUUAGUCACGGAGGCAAGGGGUGCAUUAUGUCUGCCAUUUCUCAGAUUACUAAAGCAAUCAUACUUGAGAUUUAUUUGAGAUUUUAAAACCUGGAGGAUGCAUUUAGAGGGAGAAAACUGCUUCCAGUCAUUAAGCUAUGCCUUUCAAAUGGGUGAUCAUAUCGCCAGAACGAAUUCUAAGUCUGGUGCAACCUUGAACACUUAGUUUCUAAGACUUUAUAAUUUUAAUGUGAUCGGAAAUGAGGUGAAUUCAAUGGAUAAAUAAUUCGCUUGCUGGAACAUAAGCUUUCUUUGAAUUCUGAGGCAAGAGGCACCAGACAUUGUAUCUUCCGUUUACUCUGAACUGUCUCCCAAGCGCAUCAGUUGUUCCCGGUAGUUGACUCUUUCUUCACGUUAGUGACAUGCCUUUUCACAGUGCACUGCCUGCUCUCUUCUGAUUGACAGUUCAUCCCCAUGAAACUCACGGUUCUGAGAGGCAGUGCCAAAGGUAUCUGUUUAUGGUUAGUCUUUAAAAUUGCAACUUUUGGGAAAACGUCAACAGUCACCAGAGCUUUGCUCAAGCCCCAGUUGUCAAUGAGAAGGGAUGGAUCUUUGCCUCCUUGGGAAGGACAGUACUUAGCUUCCAGUUUGGAAAUGACUUGGUAGAAUAAGCACUCAAGUUUCUGGGUAAACGCAAACAUUUUCAAAGAUCAACAGUCUCACCUGUGCAGAGUCUCAGGUGACUUGGGGGUCAUGAAGAAGUGGCAGUCAGAAACCAAAGGUGAGGGGAGCUCUCUGCUCAGCUCACUUCUUGGACAUGACGUUGACCAGUGGAGGCUUCUUUUUCCUGAGCUCGGGUGCCGUUUUAUGACAGGUAUUUGGCGAGCUCUUCUACUGUGGAUGGUGUGUGGGACAUUGGAAGGCACUGGGCUUUAAAGAGCAAAGCAUGUGUGUCAUUUCCUUAUGAAGAAGAGACCCUGCAAAGCCCCUCUCAUUCUCUGACACACUCCACACCUCGUGCCCCACUCAGUUUCGGAAGUGUUCCUCACAUUUUCCAUUUCCAAAUAACUGCUCGUUGAGAUCAGCUAGAAUACUGCCUUCAUUUUUAGCCAUAAGUCAUUCUAGGCUACUGUUGUCACGACAGCAGUGAAAGGUAAUAAGAAUAACUUGGUGGCCACAUCGGAAAGGGCAGAUUUAAUUUGCAUUGGCUUUUUUCCAUUAUCUCUCAUAUCCACCUAAUGAAUCCUUACAGCGUGGCCAAGAAUAAUCCUUGUAGCAUGGCCAAGAAUACAUGUGCAGCAUUCUUAUUCUCUUGUUUGAGGUACAGGGGAAGUAGAGAUAGAAGAAAUUGUGUAAUUUACUGAAGGCUUCAUGCCAGUUUCGUGGUCAUGCUGUCUAUAAAACUGGCUCUUUUCUAGCCUUUCUCUUACAUUAUGAUGCAUUUCUUUUUUCUUUUGGCCUAUGCAUUUAUCCAAGGUUGGUUUCUUAUGUUCCUGUUAUGUGACUGUACUUAAAAUGUUUAAUUUAGUUCCCUUAAACUCACUCUCUCUCUCUCUCUCUCACACACACACACACACACACACACA